AUGGCCACGGACCCCGAAAUCGCCAAGGAGGGCAUCAAGGUCUCCUCCACCCAGUCCUCUCUGAAAGACUCGGCCGGAGUGGCAGGGGACGUGCAUCAGCUCCCCACCUACGAGCAUGAGAAGGCCCUGGUGCUCAAGUUCGAUCUGCGCAUCCUGCCCAUGCUGGCCCUGAUGUAUCUCUGCAAUGCCCUCGACAAAGGCAAUCUCGGCAACGCAAAGACAGACGGCUUCGAGAAGGACCUACAUUUCAAGUCGAACCAAUACAAUUUGAUUCUGUCCAUCUUCUACAUUCCCUAUGUCAUCUUUGCGCCGCCGUUUGCCAUGGCCGGCAAGCGAUUCGGCCCACAUAGAGCUCUCCCAAUCAUGAUGUUCAGCUUUGGAAGCUUUACCUUGCUGGGUGCGUCGGUCAACAACUUCGCGGGCAUGAUCACCCUAAGAUGGUUUUUGGGCAUGGCCGAGUCUGCGUUCUUCCCGUUGGUCAUUUAUUACUUGACCACGUUCUACCGUAGAGGCGAGCUGGCCAGACGAUUGGCCAUCUUUUACGCCGCUUCGAAUAUCGCCAACGCCUUUAGUGGUUUGUUGGCGUUUGGUGUGUUCCAGAUCAAGUCCCAUCUUGACGGGUGGAGGUACCUCUUCCUCAUUGAAGGUGCAUGCACGGUCAUUUUCUCCCUCAUAGCCUUUAUAUACCUCCCUAAGUCCGCCUCUGAGGCCAAAUUCCUGUCUGAAGAGGAGAAGCACACUGCGUACAUGCGCAUUCAGAUGGACAGCUCCUCGAUCGUUAACGAACCCUUCAACCUGAAGGAGGCCCUCAAAAUCUUCAAAAUUCCCGUAACCUACGGUUUCUUGGCCAUCGAAAUCUGUCUCGGUGUGCCUCUGCAAUCGGUCUCACUCUUCCUGCCACAAAUCGUCGCGCGGCUGGGUUACAGUAAAGUCAAAACCAACCUCUAUACCGUGGCGCCGAACAUCAUUGGCGCAGUCAUGCUCCUCAUCCUCGCGUUCUCGAGCGAUUUUACAAGGAUUAGGUUCCCGUUUAUCGCCCUCGGAUUUCUGUUCACUUUCGUGGGAUUCAUCAUCUACGCUACCAUCGAUGUCGAGCACAGCAUUCAUGUGGCAUAUUUCGCCUGCUUCAUGAUGACCUGGGGCACAUCCGCUCCAUCCGUCCUUCUCUCCACCUGGUACAACAACAACGUUGCCCACGAGGGCCGCCGCGUCACCCUGACUAGUGUUGGAGUGCCACUUGCCAAUCUCAUGGGAGUUGUCAGCAGCAAUAUCUUUCGUCCGCAGGAUGCGCCGAAGUAUAUUCCGGCAUUGGCCACCACGGCAGCCUUUGGAGCUUGCGGCUGCGCCAUCACACUGCUGUUGGGCACGUAUAUGAUCUUUGAUAAUGCGAGGAGGAACCGGAAGGGGGGAGUCACGUUGACAGCAAGUGAUGUGCCGACGGAGAGGUUGAAAGAUGGGCCUCAGAUUGAUGAGUUCCGGUGGUUCCUAUAA